AAAAAAUGGCGCGCAAACUAUAGAGCUCAGUUUUUAGCUUCAUCGUCGCUUAGAAAAUGGAAUCUUUAUUCGAGGGUUUUUGCACGGGUGGUGAAAUAUUGACGAAACAUGCAGAUCGUUGGCGUAAAAUAAGCUUCGGUGUACCUGUGUUCGAUCGGCUCACGGGUGGUGGCAUCUCCUGCCGAGGAAUUUUUGAACUGGCUGGAGAUCCGGGUUCGGGUAAAACACAGAUUGCUUUGAAACUUGCUUUAACGGCCCAAAGCAAGGUUCCGGAUUCGUCCGUGGUAUACAUAUGUACGGAGCACAUGUUUCCCUCCAGCAGGCUUUUGCAGAUGGAAGCAGAAUAUAAACGCCAAUAUCCUCACGACGACGCGGUACAAGCGCAUAACUUUGCGGACCAUAUACUUGUGGAACAUGUUCGAUGUGUGCCUACUUUAAUAGCGUGUCUGUUCGACCGGUUACCUAAACUAUUGGAAAAAACAAAGAUCAGUGUGCUUAUCAUCGAUUCAAUCACAAGUCCAUUCGUAGAGGAGCAAAAUUACUUGUUACGUGCCGAAACGUUUCGUUCGAUAGUGAACCGCUUGCAGCACCUCCAAGAGCAUCACAACUUUGCCACAUUUGUCACAAAUCAGGUACGGGCGGUGAUUGAUUCUGCUACACUCGACGAUCAACGAAUCGUUCCGGCGCUUGGACUGGCCUGGAGCACAUUGGUGCACACACGGUUGCAGCUUUUCCGAAAAAUGAACUCGAACGAACGAGGUUGUUGCGUUGUGUUUGGACCAUCUUUGCCACCGAAGCUAGGAUACUAUCAAAUCAACGAGUCGGGCCCAGUUGAUGCUCUGCCCAGUUGAGACUACCGUUUACCAAACAUAAAAUAUUCGAAGUCCUUUGACGGAUGUCUGAAAUGUUACGAGGAACAGUAAGAAACAAAGGCAUUGUUGUAGUAAGCAAUCAAGGGUAGUUCGUAACGUGCGUUCACAUAUUAACGAGAAAUGUAUAACAUUCUGCUAUCGACCACAUGCGUCUCUUACAACAUGCCCAAAACAAGCGAGAAAUGGCUCAAAACAUGAGCAUUUUUUUUUUUCGUGCAGCGAUGUUUCUUCGCCGACGCGGUACUAGCUAUGGAAUGAUGAAAUAAUAUACACAUUACUUUGCUACAGUUAUCACCAGCCAACUUUAACAUACAUGUAAACAAAAUAAAACGAUGCAUUUAUUAAAGGAACGAUCAGUUAUCAACUACUAAGAGCUUUUCUUCAGUUUCAAGGAACAGUUAUCCUUCGUUGAGGUCCAAACCAGGAACAGCAUGCUGUACAACAUUUUUGUCACGAUGUUAUGUGAUUCUCGGUAUGUUGAUUUCUAUGGCUUUUUUUCUUGUGUUUUCAAGGAACGUUUAAUUGCGGUUUCUAAUUACAUAUGUUUUGGGCCAAUUGAAUUUUAAUCGUUUUUUCUUUGUUAUUUUGUGAAAAAUGU